AUGGAAGUGGGUGUCGGGUCCACCUACAACGCAUUACCGACUCAGCCCGCGGAAUUCAAGAACCUCGGAGGUAGCGAAACACUGCAAAAUAUACUACCAUCCGUUAUGGGAGACAAGAAGUUGAACCGGCGAGCCCAUACCCGAAGACAAUCACAAGCAAAUGAGGUGCUUCUCGAGUCCAGUGCCUCUGGGCAGGCUGCAGAGUCACCCAACCCAAGGAAAAGGGGCCGAAAACCCAAGAAGCAGCUAAAAGAGCAGAAGGUUGCGGGUCAGCAUAAGGAGCUUGAUGAUGAUGAUCUUCCCAAGGAUCCUCACCGGCGCCGAGUGCUUGAACGUAAUCGCAUUGCGGCGAACAAGUGUCGUCUCCGCAAGCGUGAUGAAGCCUUAGCCCUCGCUUCUCGAGAAGAAACUAUGGAGGACCAAAACCGCUAUCUCAUGACGUGUUUCGACUCUCUAGCCGUCGAAAUUUACCACCUAAAGACCCAAUUACUGCGACAUACACAAUGCAAUUGCGUUCUCAUCCAGAACUACAUCGCGAAUGAGGCGCAAAAGUGUGUGGAUAGGCUAGUCGCUUGCUCUACUGCCUUUGAUACCUAUGGCAAUUUGCUAAGGCCCUGCGAUGGAAGCCCAAGUGAUGCUAGCACCGCCAAAGAGUUGAAUACGCAGAGUCUAAAUGGAGAAUCUAGCAUCUCGAAGGUUAUAGAUGUCAUGUUCGAUAUGAUGGGUUUAGGACCAUUUCAAACGGCUACUAUGCCGCCUGAUUCGAUGGCCCUUACCCAGCCAGUUCCACCAUUAUCCUUCACUGAAUAUGGACCAGGGUUAUUCGUCUACGAGGGACCGUGA